CGGCCAGCAGGGCCUAGUGGGGCCCAGGCCACACUGGUGGGGAUAUCGAAAAACAGAAGACGGCGUAAGCAGAAACUUUUUGGCGGUCCGCGCGGGUUUCUUGGAUCUGCGCUGGGGCCCCCUGGCGGCGCCUCUGGCGCCGCCCUUGGCGCGCUCCGCGCGCCAGGGAGGGGGCUCCAGCUCAGAUCCAAGAAAUCUGUGCGGACCAGCAAAAGCUUAUGUUGAGACCGUUUUGGGCUGCUCCACCAUAGGGAUCGGUGAAACGAUGCUCAAAUUCAGCGCCCGCCACAUGACGCCGGCGCAGCGCGCCCCCGCGGCCCUGGGGCUCGCCCUGGUCCUCGGCCUCUCGGCCGCCUUCGUGGCGGCACCGGCCGGCGCACCCCGCCCUGGCGCAGCGCCCGCCGAGGCGGGGACCCAGGUCGGCCCCGCGGGCGCCGAGGCCGAGAGCGGUACCGCGGCGGCGGCGGCCCCGUGGGCGGCGGCCGCACGCCUGCUGGCUGGAGCGGCCCUGGGCGCCGCGAUCGUGGUCGCGUCCUCGGGUGCCGCGAGGGCCGAGAUCGAGGACGUGGCCAUCCCAGUCGACGGCAAGGGCAAGACCAGGAACCUGAGCAAGGA